ACAGAUCUAAACCCUAACAAGAUAAAGUUUCACGUGAUCUAUACGUUUCUAAUUUACUUUGUUUGUUGUUGAGACAAGUCUCCAAUGUCCUCGCUCGCCGCGGAAACCAUGGCUGCCGACGAAAACAUGUCUUCCGGCCGAAACAUGUCUCACGUGGAUAAUCCUUACGGGGCCGAAAUAUACGCCAAGGGUAACACAGGUGUGUUUUGGGACUUGGUGGAUUUUCCAAUCCCUGAAUGUGAUCCUUAUUUAAUCAUCAAGAAUAUAAAAUCAACUCUUGAGGAUAAGGGUUGUCAUAAUGGUCCUGUGUCAAUCCAGUUGUACCAAGAUGAGAAAAACCUCCUCCCCAAAGAAUUGAUUGAUAAAUAUGAGUCUGCCGGAAUCAGUAUCAAUUUCGUACCCGAUAUUCCUGAGGCGUAUGGAUAUGCUAGAGAUCAUAAGAUGUUAGUGGACAUUCUUCGGUGGGCAGUGGACAGUCCUAUAGAAUCCAAUUUGAUUGUACUCUCAAAGAACUUGAAAGAAUCGUUGACUGUCAGUGUUAUUCGAAGUUUGCAUGGGAGAGGUUACAAUGUUGUCUUAGCAGUUCCUACAGAACAUAUACCUUUUACUGAAAGCUCGGCAUGGCUUUGGGAUAGCCUUUGUGCAAGCCUAUCAUCAGAUGGAGGCCGAAGCUCACAACAUGUUGACAAUAAGGCGGAUACUGUUGCUGUUGCCGAUUCUGUCUAGGGAGCAAAUAUCGGUAGAGGAGGCUAAUAUGUAAUUUUGAUGUUUUAUGUUAUAUAUAAUGAUGCACUCUAUAUAUGA